AUGUCGGAACUCAGAUACACAGCCAACACCCAGCUUGAACAAUUACAUGCACGUUAUGUUGGAACAGGACAUGCUGAUCUUACCAAACAUGAGUGGUUAACACAUCAACAUCGGGAUACUUAUGCAUCUAUCAUUGGUCAUCCAGCUUUAUGGUCUUAUUUAGCUAUAGCUGAAGGAGAAUCAUUAGGUCGAACGAAAUUCGAAAUUUGUGAACGAAUGUUACAGCCUUGUGGACCACCACCUCAAAAGGAUGAAGAUUGA